AUGGAGGAAUACGAGUCAUUAUCUUUGAGGGCAAGGCGGAAGAAGCCCUCCGUAUGCCUGUCUUGUUGCUUCAAUCCCGGUUACCACCAACGGGCUGACUCCUUUGAUGCCGCCUCAUCCUCCGUCAUGCCCAGCCCCUCCAACCACCGCCUCUCACCUUCUUCCCUCAAAGGGAGGUGCAAGAAUUUGAUGUCUCGAAUGGGUCGGCACAGGCGGCAUUCAUCAGCCGAUUUCAGCUAUGAUCCCCUCAGCUACUCCCUUAAUUUCCAAGACAAUGACGACCCUAGUUCUGACCACUAUGAUCAUGACUUCCCUGUCAGGAGCUUUGCGUCACGCCUACCUUUGUCCCCUCCCGGUUCCAGGAGGAACCCCAUCACCUUGAUACCACCCUGCUCUACCACCAUCCGGAACUCACCUAUUAUGGUUAGGCCAGCUAGUCAGCUCGGAGUAACCUCCUCCUCCCAGGCUGCCGCCGUUGCUGAGGUGAGAAAGAGCUUGGAGGAGGAAGACCACCAUGUUGACCAGGAGCAUCCCCCUACACUGCAACCAUGGGAUAAUAAGUUGGAGGAAAUGAGGAGCCUUGACCUACCAAAAACCCCUCGCAAGCUCCAUACUAGCAUAGCCAUUGACGCUGCAGACAUGUCAUCAUCCACUGCUGCUGGAAGGAGGAAUAUCAACUUGUUAACACCCACAAGGAUGGCACCACCGGAUAUUGUGAGAAGAAGCUAUGAAUAUGACCAGUAUGAGGAUGUAUCCCCCGCCCUGGUGGUUUCCCCCACUCGACGCCAAGUCUUGGUUGAAUUGUGCUGA